CUGUACGACUGGAUCCAGGAGCCGAGGCCCGGGAGACAGAAGCGGAUCCGGCGUCCUGAGCUGACCGGUCCCGGAGCGGAGGUAUGGUCUGAACAUGCGUUGCUUGGCAGCUCGAGUCAAUUAUAAGACUCUAAUAUUUAUCUGCUCACUUUUUACCCUGGUGACCGUCUUGCUAUGGAACAAAUGCUCCUCCAAUGACCAUUCUUCUACCCUUCCAUGGGGACCACAAUUAGGCUUGAGGGUUGAAAGCCUUGAGAAGAGGGCCGCAGCUUCUGAGAGUAAUGUGGCCAAUGGCCAGCUUCGAUCUGAGGAGGCCUCACCACAGGAGCAGCAGAAGGCACCGCCACUGGUGGGCAGUAAAGGAACCGGACUGAAGUAUGAGGAGAUAGACUGCUUGAUCAAUGAAGAUCAGAAUGUGCGUUGUAGGAGAGAGGGCAAUGAAGUGUACAUGCCUUUCUCCUGGGUGGAGAAAUACUUUGAGGUGUAUGGGAAAAUUGCUCAGUAUGAUGGCUUUGAACGAUUUGAGUUUUCCCACAGCUACUCCAAAGUGUAUGCACAACGAGGCCCAUACCAUCCCGAUGGAGUAUUUAUGUCCUUUGAAGGUUAUAAUGUGGAAGUGAGGGAUCGAGUGAAGUGCAUCAGUGGUGUAGAAGGGGUCCCGUUAUCUACCCAGUGGGGUCCACAGGGAUAUUUUUACCCAAUCCAGAUUGCCCAAUAUGGGCUAAGUCACUAUAGCAAGAACUUGACCGAGAAACCUCCACAUACGGAGGUGUAUGAGAAGGCGGAUGAAAAAUCUGAAGGAGUGCUGGGCACAUGGACUAUUCCUAAGGGAGCGUCUCUUACUACAGUUUAUGAUAAGACCAGAAGUAGUCAUGUCAGACACUUUGUAGUACCAGAAAAUUCAGAGGGAGCAUCGCUGAUGCUGGGCAACACAAAAGAUUUCAUUUUGUCUCUUGACUUGAAGUUCUUGACUAAUGGUAGUAUCUCCGUGGUGCUGGAGACCACCGAGAAGAACCAGCUGUUUACUAUACACUACGUGACCAACACGCAGCUCAUUGAUUUUCAGAACCAUGAUAUCUAUUAUGGGAUUGGACCCCGAAUCACUUGGAGUACACUAACCCGUGAUCUCUUGACUGAUUUAAAAAAGGGAGUGGGACUGUCCAACACAAAAGCCGUACGUCAGACUAAGAUCAUGCCGAAGAAGGUUGUCCGCAUUGUGGCAAGGGGCACUGGAUUUUUGGAUAAUAUCACCAUCUCAACUACUGCCCACACGGCUGCCUUCUUUGCUGCCAGUGAUUGGCUUGUCAGGAAUCAAGAUGCUAAAGGUGGCUGGCCGAUCAUGGUCACCAGAAAGCUGGGGGAGGGAUUCAAGGCUCUGGAACCAGGGUGGUACUCUGCAAUGGCCCAGGGGCAAGCAUUAUCUACCCUGGUCCGUGCCUAUCUGAUGACCAAGGAGCAGGUAUAUCUAGACUCUGCUCUCAAAGCAACUGCUCCUUUCAAAUUGGCUUCAGAAAAACAUGGAGUGAAAGCAGUUUUUAUGAACAAAUAUGACUGGUAUGAAGAGUACCCAACUACACCAAGCUCAUUUGUGCUGAAUGGGUUCAUUUAUGCCCUGCUUGGUCUCUAUGAUCUUAAAGAAACUGCUGGGGAGAAACAGGGCAAAGAAGCAAGGCUGCUAUACGAGCGAGGGGUGGAGUCGCUCCGUGCCAUGUUGCCUCUUUACGACACCGGCUCUGGAAGUAUUUAUGAUUUAAGGCACUUCAUGUUGGGCACUGCCCCUAAUCUUGCCCGUUGGGACUACCACACAACGCACAUUAAUCAACUUCAGCUUCUUGCCAGUAUAGACGGGUCUCCAAUAUUUAGAGAAUUUAUUCGUCGUUGGAAGUCCUAUUUAAAAGGAGGCAGAGCUAAACAUAACUAGAAGGUAGCCACAAAACCAGCCAGAAACCAAAAGCUGUCGAAGUGUGACCAGUGCCCAAGCCCAGCUCUUUCCCAUAUGCUUUGCUGACGGUGGUCCACAUCUGUCAUUGGGUUACAAAGCUGAACCGGUGCAAGGGGCAGAUAAAGCCGGGGGCUGCUCACUGUACAGCCUUGCCAUAAUGUGUGUGAAGCAUACUAGUGUUUUCUUCAAUAUUAGUUUUGUCUUUGGGUAGAUGGAACCAGAUUUAGACAGACUAGAUUGGGUUUGAAGUACAAUUAUUUUUUUCCCCGAUUUUUGAUUCUGUGCCUUCAGUCCUUAUGAUGUCAUAGAAACGGAGGGAACAAUGUUUAAAACCCCAUUAUCUCUUAAAGGGACUUGAGGUUUUGGCUGCUGGUGACUUGAACUCCCAGUGUAGAUAUAUUUUGUGUUGACAAUCAUAACAGGUAACUAGUUAUCUUUCAAUGACAUCACGGACCGAAACGCGCAGUGCUCCUACACCUUCCCUUUUAAGCUCAUGUCAACUAAUAUUAACCAGGGCUGUGGAGUCGGAUAGCCAAAGCCCCAACUCCAAAUCCUCAAUUUCCCCUAACUCGGACUCCCUCAUACAUGGCGCAUGUUUAAGCGAUAAAUUAAUUUAAGCUUUUUAUCACCCGUAUGAUACAAUAAUAAAGCUAUUUAGGUAGAACAUAAAAUAUUUAUUGGAUACAACUUUAGAACACAAAAAACUUUUAAUAAAUUGUAAAUAUGCAAAACUCUGCAGUAAGUGGGGGGGAAAAAACUGUUUUCAACAAAAACGCCCCCAAAUAUACAUUUGUGGGGUGAGUAUAAAUUUGUUCUGAGAAAUAGUAUUGCCUCCAUCAGAUCCUCCUUCAUAGAUUACCUCAAAUCUGAUCGAAUUAUUUUAAGGCUAUAGAACAGCCUCUCUAUAGGACAUUUCAUCAUUUUCUCAAAUUCUUAUGCAAAUAUAUUCAGCACAUACUGCAUUGUACUAACUGUACCAAUUUAUUAUGUAUUUUUGGAGUCAGUCCAUUUUAUAACGACUCCGACUCCACCAAAAUGGACUCCGACUCCACAGCCCUGAUUAUUAACAAAAUACUAGAACUGUCUAAUGCACUUUAUCUCUCUACCUUCUUCUGCCCGGUAUGAAGUUUGUCCACCACUUACCCCAAAACACUUUUCCAAAGAUUCUGCCCCAAAGCUCAGACUCCUCCUUGAUGCAGAGAUGAGUGUUUUUGUGAAUUUAAAUAUAGAUUUACAUGGUAUCCAGAUAUAAAAUGCAUAGUUUUUAUACCUGCCAAAAAGCUGAAUAAUUUUAUAAGUGGAAUCUCUUCUCCCCCCCCCCCCCCCAUAAUAUAGAGAAUUACUUAUCAUUAAAGAGAGAUGUUUAUCUUUCUGCAUCCACCUAGAAUCCCCUGCAGAACACUGACAAUGCCUUUAUUAUACAGGUCACUGCACUGUCUGUCCUUUAGGUCUCUUGCACACGACCAUAUUUUGAGGUCCGCAAAAUGCAGACUUGAAAAAUGCCAAUGACAUCCGCUCUGCGUCCACCUUUUGUUGCGGACCCAUUGACUUUAAUAGGUCUGCAUUUUUUUGCAUCGGAGUUAUAGAAAAUGUUCUUUUUGUGGAACGGACAUACGGAUGUGUUAAGUACACGGACG